GACCUUGAUGUUUUGCAGUUUGCUCGAGUAUGAUACCGUGACCAGGGAAGUGAAGGUUUUAAUGGAUGGCCUGAGAUUCCCAAAUGGAGUCCAGCUCUCUCCUGCUGAAGAUUUUGUGCUGAUGGCUGAAACAACCAUGGCAAGAAUCAGAAGGUUCUACGUGUCUGGACUUAUGAAAGGUGGGGCAGAUAUGUUUGUGGAAAAUAUGCCCGGCUUUCCAGACAACGUCUGUGGGAGCAGCUAUGGAGGGUACUGGGUGGCCAUGUCAGUGGUCCGGCUGAAUCCCGGCUUUUCCAUGAUGGAUUUCUUAUCUCAGAGACCAUGGAUUAAGAGAAUAAUUUUUAAGCUUCUAAGCCCAGAAACACUGGUGAAAUUUGUACCCCGUUACAGCCUUGUCUUGGAACUUGGGGACACCGGCGCCUACAGAAGAAGCUUGCAUGAUCCCAAUGGAGUCGUGGCGGCCUAUAUUAGUGAAGCCCAUGAACAGAAUGGACAUCUCUACCUGGGCUCCUUCCGUUCUCCUUACAUUUGCAGGCUGAAUCUUGAGCUUGUUUAAUCAGUUCUUAAACCUCCCAUCCCUGCCUCCCCUGCCAGCCCUCAGUCUAUGGCUCUCCUGGUGUUGAAACAUUCUAGGGGUUUUAGCCUGUAAGGGACCCGGCCCACUAAAAAUUGUGGUAAUGCAUCUGUUCUUGCAGUCUCUAUCCCACUCUCUGGGAAGCAGGGACUGUCCUAUCCUGUGCUCACCUAGGAUGGCUAUGUAUUUCAUUGAGCUCCUUAGUUGUCUUGGAAUGACUCCUGUUCAAAUGACCCACAUAACAUUUGGAGAAAGAGAAGAUGAUGU